AUGGCCAGUCCUUUGCAGUUUGCCUACCGAACCCAGACGGCCAUCGGCGUCUUUGACGCUGCGCCUGUCUACGAAGCCCUCCCUGGGUUCGUCAAGCCCCAAGGGAACCUCCGGUGUUGUGUCUACUCGCCAUGCGGCCGCUACUUUGCCUAUGCUACCAACGACGGCAUCUCGGUCGUCGACGCCUCGGUCGGCCACGUCUUGACCAGCCUCCCACUCCCCAUGGUGUACGAGAUCAGCUUCUCCCCAGGCGGUACCUACAUGAGCACCUGGGAGCGCCCCGCCAAGGAUGAGAAUGGUGACGCUACCAAGAACGUCAAGGUCUGGCGCACCAUCGAGGACGUCCCCGAAGGCCAGGAAAAGCAGCCGCUGGGCAGGUUUGUCUACAAGAACAUGUCGGGCUGGAACCUGCAGUACACGGCCGAUGAGAAGUUCUGCGCUCGUCUGGUCACCAAUGAGGUCCAGUUCUACAACAGCAACGACCUCUCGGCGCCUUGGAACCGUCUCCGCGCCGAGGGCGUCACCGACUUUGCUAUCGCGCCUGGGAAGAGCCAAAACGUGGCCGUCUUCAUCCCCGAGCGCAAGGGUCAACCGGCCGCCGUCAAGGUCUACAACGUCCCCCAGUUCAGCAGUCCGAUCUCGCAAAAGACAUUUUUCAAGGGCGACAAGGUCCAGCUCAAGUGGAACGCGCUGGGCACCAACCUGAUUGUGCUGGCACAAACAGAGGUGGACAAGUCCAACAAGAGCUACUACGGAGAGACCAACAUGUAUCUCCUGAGUGCCAACGGCUCUUUUGAUGCCAGGAUCACCCUGGACAAGGAAGGCCCCAUCCAUGAUGUGUCGUGGUCGCCCAACUCCAAGGAGUUUGGUGUCGUCUACGGCUACAUGCCCGCCAAGACCACCAUCUUCAACCACCGGGCUGUGCCUACCCACUCCUUCCCUCUGGGACCGCGCAACACCAUCAUCUUCUCGCCCACCGGGCGCUUUGCUCUCGUUGCCGGCUUUGGCAACUUGGCUGGCCAGAUCGAUGUGUACGAUCUCGAGAAGGACAACCGCAAGGUCACGACGAUUGAGAGUGGCAACCCCAGCGUCUGCCAAUGGAGUCCCGACAGUCGCUACAUCAUGACGGCCACCACCUCGCCGCGCCUUCGCGUGGACAACGGCGUCAAGCUCUGGCACGUUGGCGGUGGCAUCGUGUACAACGAGGAUUUCAACGAGCUGUACAACGUCAUGUGGCGUCCCGCGGCUGCGGAUGCCCUCCCGGCCGGGGACCCGCUGCACCCUGUGCCGGCCCCCCACCCGUCUGCUCUGAAAUAUUUGGGCACGGUGAAGACGCCUUCCAAGCCCGUGGGCGCCUACCGUCCUCCUGGAGCCCGUGGCUCGUCCACCCCCCUCCACUUCAAGCGCGAGGACGAGGGCGGGGCUGCGCACACGGUUAGCAACGGUGUGCCCCAGAUUGGGCCCAACGGUUUUGGUCGCCCCCGCAACCAAGUCCCCGGUGCCGAAUCCACAAGGCCCGCCGGCAUUCCCGGUGCCAUCGCUGCUGAUGGCGGCGAUCUUUCCAAAGCGGCGGCCAAGAACAAGAAGAAGAGGAACAAGAAGGCCAAGGAGGGCGAGGGCAAUGCCACGGAUGCUCCCGGCUCCGAGGGUGGCCUUGCGCCUCCACCCCGAGAAUAUGGCAACGGCUCCCCUGCUGAGGGCCGCAGCCCCGAACGCCGUAACCAGGGUCAGGGCCACAGCUCCCAGCACCGCAGCCAGUCUCGCAACAACUUCAACGGUCGCAACCGUAGCAACACGCACCGUGCCCGCUCCCAGAGCCGACCCGGCCACUUUGGACAGUCGGCGCAGCAGCAGCAGCAGCAGCAGCAGCAGCCUCAAGGAGGUUCCCCUCUCGGCGGCGGUGACGGUGCUAUGACGCCUGCCCAAAGCGCCAACGCCAAGAAGAUUCGCAGCUUGCAGAAGAAGAUCCGGGCCAUCGAGGACCUGGAGAUGAGACAUGCUGGUGGUGAGAAACUGGAGGAUACGCAGGUGAAGAAGAUUGCUACCAAGCCAUCUGUCAUGAAGGAGCUUGAGGCGCUGGAGAGGGAGCAGUAG